AUGUACAACGUUAGAGAUAGAGUGGCAUCGCGGCGGCGUGCCCCACGGCGCUCGACGUCCAGGCAUCGGUAUCCCAAUCCCCACGACGACGAUGACGACUGGACACUGUACGAUGAUACCGAGAGCGUCUCCAGCAGCGACUCUGAGGACAACUACAUGUAUCGGCCCCCUGUUAUUGUCGAUCCUCCACUCACCGUCGCGGAAAGCCACCCGCUAGACAUGCCUGCGUACGAGGUCUAUCGUAUCAGCAUGAACUCGAAUACCCGCAAAGUCGUUGGCGGCUACAGGUUCAUCGGCGUCAACGUGGAACAGUUUGAGCAGUUCAAGCCUUGGAACACUUCCCGGCCUGAGCAGUUCCAAGAGUCGGACCUGGCGGACAUGCAUCUUCGCGCCAUUAGCGAGUUCCAGGCAAAGCACCGUCGCUGCUUGGCUUCCCGGAUUCUCGGCGCCAAGGCCAAAACAUACGAGCAAGGUCUCGAGGACCGAUGCCGCAGGCUUCCCGCGCCUGUCCGGGAAGAACUGGCUCAUAUUCUCACCGCCCGGGGGAUCGCAACAUCGAGUGCUUUCCGCAUCCGAUCAUGGUCCGUCGCUGUGAUGCAAGAGCAGCUGCGUGAACGGUUUACCACCGCCGAACCGGUUGAGGUGAAGCGCCAUAAGAUUCGUUUCUGGAAGAAUCCCGGCUCCAAAGAUCUGGUUGACUAUCUGUUCGUCAUCCGAGGUGCCGAAACCAAGACCUGUAGCGGCAUUGAUGGUUUUAAGACAGCCACGCGAAACGGCAACCCCUGGGGACAGGCCGACAUAAACGAGAACCUGCGGAAGUUUCGUGAGGCGAGAGAGCGUCGGGCUGAGGACCGUCGUCGUGAGCGUGAGGGUUCGCCGGUAGAAAUUCGGCGAAGGCCCGUCACCAGAACGCGCGUUCCGGUACGACGCCGCAAUGAUUGGCAUGGGGACAUUGUUCCGCUUCCGAGAUACCCGGAGUCGCCGAGAUAUUCGUAUCGAUGUGCUCCUCCGCCGGCCCCGACUCCCCCUCGGUCAUAUUCCCCGCCACCCGGCGUUGCCAGGUACAAUAGACCGUCGGUGGUCGCGCCGCCGUACCCGGACACAUCAGUCCCGCUCCCCAUGCCAGUGCCCACUUCGCAAGACGUUUACGGCGACUACGCCAUGCCCCCGCCCCCGCGGCCGUUUUGCACCGUGGAUGCUCCCAUGUACAAUCCAGAUUAUUUCGGCGGCGGCGGUGAGCAGCGACAGCAGCAGCAUCUGUCGCCGCCGCCGCCGCCGCCGCCGUUUACACCAGAAGUUCUGCCGCCACCGCCGUUCGGCGGUCCUCCGGGCCCGUUAACGUACUACGGGUCGAAUUGCAAACCCUCGGCAUCCUGCCCCGCGUGCGCCGCCUCACCAAGGUGUCAGCACUUUCCCGGUGACGGCCUCUGCAACCGCGUUUUCCAGCUGCAAGAUUCGAGCAUCUCGCACCCGCCAUGCUUCUUCUGCGUCACCAACGUCCCGGCUCCGGCUCCGGCCCCUGCCAGGUUCCCCACAUACUGGCCGACGUUCCCUCAUUCGUCUCCGUUGCCCCCUGCUGCGGAGCCGCUUCUCUCAUCCCCGGAGCAGAUCUACCGCGACACGGUAUGCGGGUUCGAAGCACAGCACCAGAGCGGCCCACCUCCCUUACCGCCGCACCCUCCGCUGCAGACGGGCUGGUGGGUAGACUGCGACUACGACGAGGCAGUGACGGAGCUCAGCGUGAGCGAUGACGGCCGAUUGCAGAAUGAGGAGCCGGUAGAGACGGCAGAGGAGGAAGUAAGCACCGGUGGCGUAGCAGACGGAGAAAAGCCCAGCACCGGCAACAAUGCCUCGGAGUCGGACACCGCUAGAUAUGUCCCUGGACCCGACAAUAACGCGCCCCGAACGGGCGAGAGCAGCCCGAUUUAA